CCUCCCCUCUCCCCCCCCCCCCCUUAUCCCCUUCCAAACCGAGUAACUUCCAAUUCAAUGGCUUUCACACACUCUCUCCUCCAACUCCCUCCCAUACACUCCCUCAAACUCUCCACUCCAUUCCUCCAUGGCUCCACUCCUCUCUCCCUCUUCUCAAAACCCACUUCCUCUCUCACCUCACCAACCCCACAAUCCCACUCCUUCACCUUCCUCCCUCCCAUCAGAGCCAUGAAAUCACUUCAAGGCAAAGUGGUUUGUGCCACAAACGACAAGACCGUGGCUGUGGAAGUGGUUCGCUUAGCACCUCACCCAAAGUACAAGAGGCGUGUCAGGAAGAAGAAGAAGUACCAAGCUCAUGACCCAGAUAACAAGUUCCAGGUUGGGGACAUUGUGCAGUUGGAGAAAACCAGACCCAUUAGCAAGACCAAGACUUUUUUAGCUGUACCAGUGCUAAACAGGAAUUUGAAGAAGAAAGACACUGAAAAAGAGGAGCUUGGGAUUCCGUUGGAGUCUCAGCAGCAGGCUUAGUGUGAGGUCUUCUUCUAUUGUUAUUGUUCAUUUUUUUUUUUUUUUUUUGGUAAUUUUGCAAUGCUUUUGUGCUUUAACUUCAUGUGAUACUAUUUGAAAUUUAAUGUAAUUUCAUGGGCAUGUUGUUAAUGCUUGAA